AUGUCAUCAGCGAGCGACUCGACCCCGGACCUUACUGGUGAAGAUGCCGCAAUCGUUUUUGGAGUUCCCAAUGUUUACUUCAACGAAAUAAUCGUUUAUGCGCUCAUGCACGAUAAGCCCCCAAUCCACUGUGUUUCCCAUGACACUGCUGAAUAUCUGUUCGUCCACUUCUCCUUAGCGGCCAGCGAUGAUGUCCAACGAUAUUCUUUAGAUUCUAGUAAAGCAUCCAAGAGCGGGACAUCGAGAAUUGUCAUGGUCUUCGCCAUCCUCCUCCUUUACGUCCGGUUCGGUUUCAUCGAUAAUGAUAAAGACGUCAUGACCGUCUUCGCGAGACUGACUGGCUUCAAUAGCCGGUGGACUGUCGCUCAGAUAGCUGACGGUGUCACGAGCAUCAUUGGGACCAUCAUCGCUGAUGGGACUAUGCACGACCUUCACGAUGUCAUAGGAAACGAUGAGCUUUCUGAGUUCGCUAGCAGGAAUGACUGGACAAUGCUAUACCUGUCUCUCAUCCUCGCCACCACUCUAAUGUGCACUUCGCUCAUAGUUUACCGUAUCUUGUCAGUGGGAGGAGUCAAGGCCGGUCUGCGGACAUACCGUAGGGUUAUGGAGGUUGCCGUGGAGUCAGCCGCACUGUAUUCCGUCGCAUUGAUCAUCUACAUUGCCUUCAUUUCACAUAACACGUUAGCAAACAGUUAUAUCGACAUCAUCACUGCCUCGAUUAAAAGUAUUGCACCCACUCUUUUUGUGGGCCGUGUUGUCGCUGCUCGUCCGAACGACAGUUGGAAGGAUAAAAUGAGUAAAAAUAAAUAA